GAACUAUCUAACUGUAUAGACUAUAGGCAGUCGAUGACCAGACGUACAGGGCAGUUAGUUAAUUUUGUGAACGCAUUUUCCAAGGACAAUGGCUCACUUCACAGGAUUAGUGUUUAAAUGGGUUGUUCUUAUAUUCGUUUCGAAAUACUGUAUUUGUGUGGCUAUUGAUUUAAGUGCUGAGGCCAAAAAGUUGCUUGAAUCAGAAGGAAUUAACAGUACGGACCCAGGUGUAAAGAAACUGGCUAAAAGUUUCGUUCUUGAGCGACGUGAGGCUCAUGAAAACAUUAAACGUGAACGUGAAAUAACUGAACGUGAACGUGCCGAUGUCUUGAAGUAUAAAGGAGAAUUAGAAGCAACCAAGGUUGAAAAGGAGUAUUGUGCGCGACCGUUACGUAUCAUAGCUGUACGAUCGAAACUAGUAAAUCUCGUAGACAAAAAUUAUCCACUGCAGAUUAACGUGAAAACAAAUGAAACCAUGUACGGAAAACCAGAUGAAAGCUACUGCGAUGCACUGCAUGAAAUGCUCUCCUCAACUAACUCCCGAUUCACAGAAGAUGUGUUCGUUAUGCAGAUUCGUAACCGAUUGGUAGAGCAUGGUAUUAUUAGUUUGAAUGUAUUUACGAGAUUCGCACGAUGGCUGUACUCGCAGUUCUCGGAUAAAGCCGCGCAUAAAAUUUCGAUGUUCUCGUCAAAUUUGCCCGAGUACAAUGACACCAAAGGAAUCGAAGAUAUUCUAAAAUGCGUCGAAGUGGACAGAGAUGUACCCGCUGUAAUUUGCAUCCAAAUUGUCCUAAAACCGUUAGAAAUGCCUUAAAUCCAGCACCACAACAAUAUCUUAAAAUUUUUGCUCAGUUUUUCAAAAUUGCUACGUUAAAAUCGAAAAAUUGCUCUGAAAAAUCAGAAAAUUGCUCUGAAAAAUCGAAAUAUCAACUUCAGCAGCUGAAAAUUUGAUGUUAACCUGGGACACCCCCCUCCCCUUUUUAGAAAUGCUGAAAAAGUGGCGGUCUGAGUUGGCAGAAAAAGUCAAGUGCGCCAGAAGGAAUAAUAUAUAUCUACUGUCAUCCAAAAGGGAGGGGCUCAGGGGUUCCUAAAAUGACGUAAUUCCAUUUUUUCGGUAAAAAUUUGAAAACCUGAAAAAUUGAAGAAUCUGAUUCAGCGAUUUAGGUGAUAGUAUAGCACAGACGAAAUUUUCGAAUCAAAAUUGAUCACUUUAGGUAGGAAAAAUUGUGGAAACUUGGUUUUUUACAGACAUUUCUAAAAGUCUUGCAUCGAACUAAAAAAAUUGAAAAAAUUAAAAUAUAUCAAUUUUUAUAACGACCGAAAAAUUUGUCCAAAUCGCUUCAGAGCCUCCGAGCUUUUUGAAAACAAACAAAAAUGAUCACAAAAAAAUAUAUUAGAAUAAAAGUUUCAUACCAGUCCAAACUUCCACUUGACCCUUUUAUCUACGAAACCGAAUGGAAAUUUCACGCUUUUUAUAUUUUUUUAAUACCUUAAAGGCAUUAGGGGAAAGCAGAGCAGGAAAAAACCCCGGUAUUUAAUUUGAGGAAAAAUCUUAUCGUGUAAUCGAAUCGGUAAAAUCAAUUUUUUAAUUUGUUAUUAAAACGUGAAAUACCUGCGCUGUGUGUACGCGGAUAUACGGGUGCUAGCACCUGAAACGUGGUACGAUCAAGGUUCAAGGGUGUAGAGACGAAGGAAAAGGGGUAGGAAAAAAAUGCAGAAAUUUUGUCACGCGAA